AAUCGCUUUGCCUGACAUUUGUUUAUGCGAAAAAAUCCACGCAAGUCUUUUCAAAAGUUAAAUAGCAGCAGCUACGCUACUUUUGAAACAUUGUGAACAUCGAUGUUCAAUUAAAACAGACAUGCUGCGCAUUCGUCGUCGUUUCGCUCUUCUCAUUUGCUGUGGUUGUCUUCUCAUCUUCCUCAGUCUCUAUGUGAUCCUAAAUUAUGCGGCACCGGCUGCCAAUGCUAAAAAGCCACCCUAUAUUGCGCUUGAGAACAAACUCCAUCAAGUGGAAAAAAUACGAUCGCAGCAAGGCAACGAAGUACACAAAGCACACGAACUUCCAGGAAUAGUUCCCGUUGAAACUAAUGAACAAGAUGACAUUCUGGCCGCAGAUUCAAUAAACAAUGAGGAAGACGAUGCGGGUGUAUGUGCGGACAUAGUUAAGCAGGUGCCCCAAGUGGAUGUUCAGAUGCUAGACCUAUAUGACCAGAUGUCCUUUGCCGACAUUGAUGGCGGUGUUUGGAAACAGGGCUGGAAUAUCAAAUACGAUCCCAUCAAAUACAAUCAGCAUCAUCAACUAAAAGUUUUCGUUGUGCCACACUCUCACAAUGAUCCUGGCUGGAUUAAAACCUUCGAGGAAUAUUACAAUGCCGAUACCAAACACAUCUUAUCAAAUGCAUUGCGUCAUCUAACUGAGAAUCCAGAUAUGAAAUUUAUUUGGGCUGAAAUAUCAUAUUUUUCACGAUUUUUCGAAGACCUGGGCGAUCACAAAAAGCAGCAAAUGAGAAUGAUUAUCAAGAAGGGUCAGUUGGAGUUUGUUACCGGUGGAUGGGUAAUGCCCGAUGAAGCCAAUUCACAUUGGCGGAAUGUUCUAUUGCAAUUGACAGAGGGACAGAGCUGGUUAAAGCAGCAUCUAAACGUAACGCCAACUGCUGGCUGGGCUAUUGAUCCGUUCGGACAUAGUCCUAGUCUGCCGUAUAUACUCCAAAGAAGCGGUAUGAAAAAUAUGCUGAUUCAACGAACACAUUACUCAGUAAAGAAGGAGCUAGCACAACGCCGACAGCUGGAGUUCUACUGGCGUCAGACUUGGGAAACACGCGAUAAGACGGCACUCUUUACGCACAUGAUGCCCUUUUAUUCGUAUGAUAUUCCACACACUUGUGGCCCGGAUCCAAAGGUGUGCUGUCAGUUCGACUUUAAGCGUAUGGGUGGCUUUGGACUGAGUUGUCCUUGGCGAGUGCCGCCCCGUCCAAUCGAUGAAAGCAACGUGGCCACUCGUUCCGAUAUGCUGGUGGAUCAAUGGAAGAAGAAGGCCGAGUUGUAUCGCACAAAUGUCUUGCUAGUUCCUUUGGGCGAUGAUUUUCGCUACAAGCAGAACGUGGAGUGGGAUGUGCAGCGCAUUAACUAUGAAAAGCUCUUUGAGCACAUCAACGGCAAUCCGCGCUUCAAUGUGCAGGCGCAGUUUGGGACACUAAAUGAAUAUUUCGAUGCUGUACACAAAACUAAGCAGACCUUUCCUUCGCUAAGCGGAGACUUUUUUACCUACGCGGAUCGAGCUGACAACUACUGGAGCGGCUAUUACACAUCGCGUCCAUAUCAUAAGCGAAUGGAUCGCGUGCUCAUGCACUAUAUGCGAGCGGCGGAGAUGCUUCAUGCCUGGCAUAACUGGGACACGAUAGCAGGCUUUGGCAAAAAACUUGAGAUGGCACGUCGAGAGAUAUCUCUCUUUCAGCAUCACGAUGGCAUCACAGGCACCGCGAAAACGCACGUAAUGCAAGAUUAUGAGAAGCGCAUGGUUGAGGCGCUUUGGGCGUGCCAGUUUGUAAUGCAGCAGGCAGUCUAUCGGCUGCUCACCAAGCCUUCUAUCUAUAGUGCGGACUUUAAUUUCUACUAUUUUACAUUGGAUGAUUCACGCUGGCCGGGCGUAGGUGUCGAGGAGAGUCGCACAACUAUUAUACUGGGCGAGGAGCUGCCCACAAAGCAUGUUGUCCUGCAUAACACAGUUCCGCAUUGGCGAGAGCAACUAGUCGAUUUUUAUGUCUCAAGUCCGUUCGUAAGUGUCAGCGACUUGGCUGGCCAUCCAGUGGAAGCGCAGAUUUCGCCCGUCUGGAGCUGGCAUCACGAUACAAUCAGCAAGACUUUCAAUCCGCAAGGGUCUACCACCAAAUAUCGAAUAAUUUUUAAGGCACGCGUCCCGCCCAUGGGACUAACCACCUAUAUACUAACGAUCUCAAUGUCGAAGCCCGCUCACACCUUUUACGCUUCGCACUUGUUGCUAAACAAUAGUCCACUUUCUGUUAGCUUGGGCCAAUAUCCAGAGGAUGCAAAGUUUGGAGAGCAUCGUGAGUUUUCACUACGUGUUGGCAGUGGGCCUACGCUUGCCUUCUCAGAGUAUGGCAUGCUGAAAUCCAUGCAACUUACACCAGAUAGUGCCCCGGUGCCUGUGCACCUCAAGUUCCUAAAGUAUGGCACUCGGCCGCAUGGCGAUAAGUCAGGAGCCUAUCUGUUUCUACCCAAUGGACCCGCAACGACCAUUUUAGGAAACACACCUGUUGUCCUUGUCAGCGAGGGCAAGUUGGAAUCGUCUGUUAGCGUCGGCUUGCCACACGUCAUCCACCAGACCAUCUUACGUGGCGACGCACCGGAAAUACGCAACCUGGUGAACAUUGGCGUCAUCGACAAUAUAGAAAUUGUGAUGCGCAUGCAGACGCACAUUGAUAGCGGCAGCAUAUUCUAUACGGAUCUCAAUGGACUGCAAUUAAUCAAGCGAGAACGAUUCGAGAAGCUGCCGCUGCAAGCCAACUACUAUCCAGUGCCGUCGGCCAUGUUCAUCGAGGAUGCUAAUAUGCGACUGACAUUGCUAACAGGACAGCCGUUGGGUGGUGCCUCCUUGGCCUCGGGAGAGCUGGAAAUCAUGCAAGACCGCCGGUUGGCCAGCGACGAUCAACGUGGCCUAGAUCAGGGUGUGCUGGACAACAAGCCUGUGCUACAUAUUUAUCGCCUUGUUCUUGAGAAGAUCAACAAUUGUGUUCGUCCACCCAAAGCGCAUCCCGCUGCCUACUUGACUAAAGCCGCGCACACGGCAUCACAGGAGUUGCUUGAUCCAUUUGAUAAACUAAUCUAUGUAGAGAACGAGUGGACAGGAGUACAGGCGCAGUUUGGCAACGAGCACGUGCCGGCCAACGAGGAUCUAGAUGUCGUUGUGAUGCGUCGUUUAACAAAUAGCACAGCCAAGAACCAGCGCAUCGGCUGCGUGCUGCAUCGCACGCAGCUAUUGCAAUGCAACAACGACGACGAGUCCCCAGCCGACAAGUUCAAUGUGUGCAGCGUAUUGACAACUGGAGCGGAAGAGCGGCAUCGCUGCCAGCGCACUUCUCUGACAUUCCUGCAGGAGCUGGAACAGUUCGAGUCGAAGCUGGCGCCUCCACUAUGUCCUAUGGAAACUGCUGCUUACGUUAUCAGUUAUAAUGUCGACACCGAUAACAGCUGAACUAAAGCAAUUCGCAAUCUCAAGCAAUAAUAUUAAUUGAAAAUCUUGACUAAUAUAAUGCAUGACAACUUAAUGUAUUAAGCGUUAUUUUGAAUCUGACUAACGAUACGUAGAAUUAUAAUAUUAGAUGUGAUAAGAUCGCAAAUACAAACUCAAAUCCAGACGAAAUACAAGACAAACUAUUAACAAUUUUCUGAUAAUUAAAUACAUACAUACAUAUGUACAUAUAACAUGAUCUGUACG